GUCGUGAUUGUAGUUCAGAUCGGUAAAAAGUCGAGGCCACCAAACCUGUGAGAAAACAGAAGAGGAAAUGAAAUUUAGAUUUUUCAGAAACUGAUUAAAGAAACUGAAAUGCAGGACGUUCAGACCCCCACUAGGAUAAUCAUCUAUUAGAACAGAUUUCCUGACAUGAUGAGUUUGGUUUUUCCACACAGAGCCACAUAUUUAUCAACCAUUUUGCUUAUGACGUUGCUGACAUUAAGGGACUGAGCGGCAUCAAUGACUCUGAAGAGGCCUGCGGCCUUGGAGAGGAGAAUUUGACCUUUUCAUGGAAAGGUCACGCUACACGUCAGAGCCAGAGCUCAGUCAGUGGAUCCGUGUGGAUCUGGUGAGGUUGGCGGUCAUGUUCCACUUGGAGGACCUUCAACCGACACGUGGAAGGAGAGCAUGAAGUGGAUUCUCCUAGCUGUCAUUCUCAGCUGUGUUGUUUUGACCCCAGGAACCUCUCCAACCAUCUACAAGGCCCGUGAAAAUGAGAACACCACCAUCAGGUGGGACAGCUCGGUCCGGUCCGACCUGACCAACUCCAGCAUUCUCUGUGUCCUCCUGAAGUCCAUGAAGGUUCUGUACCGGAGGAGGAACGGCGUGGAGUCUUCAGGAUUCCUGGAUCCGCAGUUCUCAGAGCGAGUUCAGUGUGACGGAGACGCUCUGAGAGAGGGACGAGUUGUCCUUCGUCUCUCCAAAGUCACCGCUGAGGAUUCUGGGACGUAUCGCUGUGAUCUGCAUGCACAUUAUAACGAGGGGAGAUGGGAGACCCACGUGUUUGAGAACUUUCUCCUGAAUGUGACUACAGCCUCUGAUGAGGAGAACCAUCUGGUGCUCAGCGGGGGCCCAACGUCUGCUGCAGGCGCUGAAGAUCCACCAGCACAACGUAAACCAAGAAGUGGAGUGAACGACCCAACAGGAGCUGGAAUUCCACUGGCCGUGGCGGCUCUGGUAGUUCUGAUUCUGUAUGGAGUGUAUCUGAUGCCCAAACCUCGGUUCAUCAGAAACGUGUUUCUCCAUUUACUGAAUCUCUGAGAUCUCCUUCAUGCUGCAGCUGAAAAAAACAAACUGCUCCCACUGCUGCACAGACUGAGGGCUUCUGGGAAAAUCAUCCGCCAUUUUCUCAUUCAAAAUUAGAGCUAAAAGCCAAAAGUAGGCGGUUCUAACACACCUUCAAGAAACUCAUUCAUUCAUUUUCUUAACCGUUUUUCCCUUUCGGGGUCACGGGGCUGCUGGAGCCUAAUCCGGCCACUUAUGGGCGAAGGCAGGGGACAACCU